AGCUCACCUUUGCCUCCACUGCCACCUCAAGAGACAAACCCCCCUAAAGCAAGUGUCGUAACUACUCCUUCCUUCAUCCUCUUCCCGUCUCCCAGUCCCAGCUCUCCCGUGAGCUUCUGCAGAUUUGUGGCCAUGGAAGGCCUCAUCCCGUUCAUCUACAGGGCCAUCGUGCAGUACAGGAAGGAAGGGCAGGUCUCCGUGGGCGACCUCUUCUUCGACGAGCCCUCGCCGACGUCCUACUUCCAUCUCCCGGGCGACUCCGGCCGGUACCAACAGGUGACGGCGACUAGCGGCGAUCUGUUCUCCCAGACUACUACAGCCAGCUCCAGUGCGGUCGGCGUGGCACGACGCUCUCCGGUGAGGUGCCCGUCGCACCGCCGGCCGGCGUCCGGCGUCCCCAGAACCGUGAGUCGAUCGUGAAGCCGUGAGGCAAGAAAGAAAAGCAAGCGAAGGCCUUGCUCACACUGAACCUGUUGAGGAUGAUGCUGAGUAACUGUGAAUAUUAGCCUAAGGUGCGUGUAAGUGUAGGUUAUUACUGUGUGUGCAUGGGUGCAGGUCCUCCUAAGGAGAGGCUUUGCACCUUGGAGUGAGAAUUGUGUGUCGUUCGUCGUUGGAAUAAUACGUCAAGCAAAAGCAAAUGACGGAACACAUGAAUUUCUAGUUCAGAAAUCCAUGCUUUUCAAAAUGGUGGUAUAUAUGUGCAUUUACAUGUCCC